UUUUUUACUGCUAAGUUGUUUGAGUUUCUUCUAUAUUCUAUUAGUCCCUUGUAGGAUAAAUAGAUUGCAAAUAUUUGCUUUGAUUCAACAGGUUGUCUCUUGACUCUGUUGAUCGUUUCCUUUGCAGUGUGAACAUUUUCUUAUAUUGAUACUGUAGGGGCCAAAGGAAAUUUCCCUCUCACCUUCUGAAAAUGUGACAAAAAAUCAACUCAGAAAAGGCAGAUUAAGUGGAGAUAAGGCAUACAAAUUUAUUAACAUGUAUGUGGGGAGAACCACAGAAUGAUUACCCACCCCUGGGUUCUGAAGCCCUGGCAAAACUGCUUAUGGGAGGGGGGAGAAGAGGAAUUCUGUUGAGGGGAUUACUAGGGAGAAUGAAUGGAUCUGGAACAGAGAGAUUGACUUGUAAAUAGUUCACUUUGGAAUUUCAGUGAUCCUGAGAGGCCUGAGAGGCAGACAUUAUCUUGUGUAAGGGGCUGUUCAGAUAUGGUGACAUUCUUGGUCUUACAGAGAGGAGAAGAAAAAAAACAGUUGUUCUCCUUGUUGAGUCUAAAUCUUAGGUAGGUAAAGGAACUUCAACUUCAUUAUGUACUUUGGGAGAGAAGGUCAGAGAAAGCCUGAGGUUUCUUUAGUUCAAAGCACCAUAGUUUGGAGUAUCAGUUUCUGAGCCUCAACAAUGCAAAGAUUUUGUGCCAUCUGUCUGCAGAGAAGAUAGUAAUACAUCCAUGGAGGAAACCAAGACUCAGAAUAGUUAAGUGACCUGUCUAAGGCCAUCCUACUAGCAAAUGGCUGAGCAGAGGCUUGAACUCUAACAUAAGGUCAUAAGGUGUCUCCCUUCUGGAGUAUUUUACUGCUCGACCUUCUUCAAUAAGUUAUCUCCAUUGAUUUAUCAUCUAGGAAAAAAUUGAAUUUAACUGUAUCUUCUUUUCCUUGGUGCCUCCCAACCUGGGUCAUUGUAUGUAUUCUGAGCAUGUAUUCUUAGCUUUGCAUUUGGUGUUUUGGGAGACCCCUACUUACUUGUCUUUGAUGCCUUAUAAUGCUUACUACAUAGAAUCAUAGAUUCUAAGUGUCCAAAGACACUUUUGCUAGAAGAGAUUUCAACUCCAUUUACCCUAAUCCUGACACUUAACGGAUAGGGAACUGAGAUCCAAAGAGUGUUUGUGAUUUUCCAAAUGUGUCCAGCUUGUUAGUGGUUAACACUCAGUUCACAGCCUAGGUUGAUUGCUUUUAGAUUUUUUCCACCGUUAAAUCUGGGUUAAAAUGAGCACGUUCUUGGAAAGAAAGGAUCAUCGAGUGGUUAUGAGCUACUAACACCAAUGUAUGAAUUAGGCAAUCAGAUCCUUCCAACUGAGAGCUAAUUAGAAUUGCCGAACCAUCUGGCCCACCUGUCCCAUAAUUGUGGGCUGAUAAAUGCCUAAUCUAGAACCUCUGAAUGUUAACUGGCCAACAAUAUAGACUAUAUCAUUUAUUUCGAAAGAUUCUUUCAACUUUUCUCAUUUCAAUUUCUCUCUAUAUAAUGAAGUACUAUCCACUAUACAUGAAGAUGGUGGGUUUACUUUAUUUCUUCCUUCCUCUCUCCUAAUACUCUCUUCUGUCAAGGCCUUGGCCAUACAAAAUAUUAAGGUUGAGGAAGCUGUCGAUGACUAAGGAAAAAUCUAAAUGAACUGGCUUGUUUGAGAAUCCAACCCAUGAUGCUAGUGUCAGGAACACUCUGAAGACCAUCAGGAAAUGAAAUUAAUCUAGCUUUGGGGGCCUGGGGUGAGAGACAAGCCCAGGCUCUUUGUAUUUCCAGAAGGUGGGAGUCAGUUGGAGCUAAUAAAUUCUGGGUUUUCAUUAGAUCAAACUUCUUUCAAUUCUCCAUCACCACAAUCCCCUUGGGGGUAGCCACCAGGCCUGCUUCAAGAUGAGAUGAGCACCAAGAUGUCAUAAGACAUUUUGGGGACCUACUAGUCACACAUAUUUUUAACUGAUGGCUUUUUCCUGACACUGUGAUGUGCCCAUCUUGCAGCAGAGCCUUUUACCCUGUCUCCAUUGCUCUUUGAGCCUUUCAUAUUGUCAGGUUCUCUUAGACUGGAGGGUAUUUGUGCCGACUUCCUAUCUCGAAGUCUCUCCAGUGAUUUAGAAGUUUACACAAGGUGGGGUGGAAGCGCACUCUUAAUUAGCAUAGAAAAAGUAGGAAUGCAAGCAGGACCUCCACAAAAUGCUGGAGUUCCCAGUUUUAUUCACCGAAGGAGAGAAUCUAUUCAGCUUUCAAGAUUUUAAACACAAAAUCACAUAGAACUUGAUUCUCAAAACAUAGCUUCUUAGCAUAUUAUGCUUAGACUGUCAGAUAAGUUUUUGUCAUUCACAGGCUUUCACCAGAAGAUGAAUUUGUCUCCUAAUAAAUUAGCAACAGAUCAGAUGCAGUGCAGGGACAGAAGUAUGAGAAUGUCAUGGUCCUUGAUAUUUCAGUUACAUUUGUUCUGCAUAAGAUUUAAUGAAAAUUGUAGCAGAGUUUUCUUUGCGGGUACUGCUCCUUUUAAAAUGGAAACAAAAGGUUCCUUUGUUAAGAUUCACCUUUGAUAGCAGGCUGUAGAAAAUGCUGUGUCAAUCUUGACAACUGAGCAAGGCUAUUUUUGUCUCUUCAAGAAUUGGAAGUAAGGUGUUGUGAAAAAGGCAAGAGAGAAUCACAACUUAUGAAGGCUCACUCAGUUCCAUGGCUGGACAUAUUCGUGAAGAAUACUCUUUUAUUUCUACCAAUCUGAUGUCAUACAUGGCUACCGAUGGCAAUACUCUUCAGGUUCCCUUGCGUCAGAAGCCGAGGAAGAAAACUCAAGGUCUUUUCAGGAUGAGUCGGAGGAGGAUAUCAUGUAAAGAUCUGGGACACGCUGACUGCCAAGGAUGGCUGUAUAAGAAAAAGGAAAAGGGAAGUUUCCUAAGCAACAAAUGGAAAAAGUUCUGGGUGGUGCUGAAGGGGUCGUCUCUGUACUGGUAUAGCAAUCAAAUGGCAGAGAAAGCUGAUGGAUUUGUCAACCUGCCUGAUUUCACUGUUGAAAGAGCAUCUGAAUGCAAGAAAAAACAUGCUUUUAAGAUCAGCCAUCCACAGAUCAAGACCUUUUAUUUUGCAGCUGAGAACACGCAGGAAAUGAAUGUGUGGCUAAAUAAACUUGGAUUAGCUGUAAUCCAUCAAGAAUCCACUACAAAGGAUGAAGAAUGUUACAGUGAAAGUGAACAGGAAGAUCCUGAAAUAGCUGCGGAGACACCACCCCCUCCUUACUCAUCCCAGACUCAGUCUCCUUCCCUAUGUGCCGAGGCUGCACAGCGGGCAUCUUCAUCCUCACCCAAAUUGAGUGAAACAUCGUGUUCUUUGUCUUCCCUGGAAAACACAACGAAGACACCCAGCAGUUCUUCUUCCUCCUCCUGUAAAGAAAGACAGUCCUGGCUGGACAUAGUUAACAGUUCAUCUGCUGCUGAAGAUUUGGGACAAUCUAUAACAUUUGCUGUGCAGGUUCAUUCACCUGUCCCCUCAGAGGCAAGCAGUCUCAAGGCCCUGGAAAACAGUUUUGUCACAUCAGAAAGUGGAUUUUUGAACUCUUUAUCUAGCGAUGAUACUUCCUCCUUGAGUAGCAACCAAGACCAUCUAACUGUCCCAGAUAAACCUACUGGAUCAAAGACGAUGGACAGAGAAGAAACAAAAGCAUCUGAAGAUGAUGAAAUGGAAAAGCUCUACAAAUCCUUAGAGCAAGCCAGUCUAUCUCCUCUUGGGGACCGACGACCUUCAACCAAAAAGGAGUUGAGAAAGUCCUUUGUUAAACGGUGCAAAAAUCCAUCCAUAAAUGAGAAACUCCACAAAAUCCGAACUUUGAAUAGCACAUUAAAGUGUAAAGAACACGAUCUGGCCAUGAUUAACCAGUUGCUGGAUGAUCCGAAGCUGACAGCCAGGAAGUACAGAGAGUGGAAAGUCAUGAACACCCUGCUGAUCCAGGACAUCUAUCAGCAGCAGCGGGCCACGCCUGUGCCCGAGGACACCCCCCAGGAACUCAAGAAGCCACCGUCUUCAGCCUGUGUUGAACACUCUAUUUGAGAAAAACCCAGGAUUCUCUCCUCUUAUAUUUUACCACAAGCACCUCUUCAAGAUGUUGCAAGAAAUUACAUUUUUUCCUUCAAAGGAAAAAUGAAACCCAGUCUCUCAAGCAUCAACUCCAUCUCUAAAGAUGAGACUUAGAUGAAGACAGUCAUCAAAUACAGCAGGACUCCUCAUUCCAAUUGUAACACAUCUGUUGACAGUGGAAUGAUUGAAUUCAAUUAGACAGACAUUUUUUGUCUUCCUACUGGGAGCGCACAGCGAUGCUAGGCUCUAGGUGGGAUGUAAGAAAUAUAUCUCCUGUUCCUUGCACUCAUGAGAAUUACAAUAAUCUGUGGACAAAAAUCAAAUUUUACCAGGGAUAAUUAUUCAUAGAAACAUUUUGUUUUCUGAAAGAAGAAUGUACAUGUUCCACCUGGUUGGGUGGCUGGCUGAACACCCCAAAUCAUUUUUUGAGUGGAGGAAUGUUUUCUAAGGCAGCAACUGGAGCAGGACAAUGUGAUAUCGUGGAACAAAUAUUCCUUGCCUUUGGUACGGAAGGGUGGUGCCUUUUCCACUUGUCCAGAAAUACUUCAUAGACAGUGGUACGUGGGAGCCGAAGGAGGAAGCAUGUUCUAUAUUCCACUCACGCGGAGGACAGCUUGGCAUUUUCACACUUUAACCAGGUUGGGGGAUCUGAUUAAUGUUUCUUUUCCUCACAACAGCUAGAGGAAUCUAUCUCCUCACAGGUGGAGACUGCUGCUGCCUCCCAGCUUCCCUACACAGCUAUAGGAGAUAGUUAAGUCUAGUAAGGAAUGUUUGCUGCUUCUGUCCUCGGCUGUGGUGCCUAAUUACAGUUUGAAUUUACAUCUAGGCUUCCCUGGGGUCAAUAUUGACAAGAUGAUUUUGGCAUCUAAGUUGUUUUAAUAUCUUUACUAAAAAAAAAACAACCCCAAAACCACAAAACAAAAACCUCAAAAAACAAAAACAACAAAAGAGUUAAAACAUGAUUGUUUUAUUUUUGUAUGUUUAUGUGUCACUCACUUUGUGUGCUAUGUGAAUAGCUAUCUAUAAUGUUUGUUAUUUAAAUAUAUUUAUAGAUGUUCAAAUUACUAGUCUUUUAAAAGAUGAUAUACUAUUAUAUGUUUUGCUCAGUAUAUACUUGAAGUAUAUACUUUCUGCUUGAGAAGAAUAGAAAUACCGUUGGUUCAGUGGAGCUAUUAUGUUGCACUAUAAUGUAUGAAGAAUGCUCAGGAAAUCUUGUGGGGAAAAUAUUGGGGCAUGUAUUUAUAAUUUUUCAUUUUCUUCUUCCACCUCCUCCCACACCCAACUCUCCCAGAGUUCUUAGAUUUCUCUAUCAUUGGUAAGUUAUUCUCUUAACCAGAAAAGGAUUUUUAGGUUAUUCCUUCUAUUAAAUAAACUUUAAGCUUUAUGCCAUUUAUGCCUAUAAACCUUAGACCAAAUGAAAUAUGACUAAUGUCAUCUUUUACUAAAGAUUAAUAGCAAUUUGGGGGUGUUAAAGAAAUUCCAUAGUGG